AUGAAUACUACUAUCUGUCAUAGCUCCGGCGACUAUACCGUCUCCGCCCAGGCAGUAGGACGCCGCACCAUAUGUGACGUGUACCAGGCACAGGUCACGGCCAAUGAAAACACGAAAGACGUGUUGAUAGCUGUAGGGGAGAAACGGCGUGGUAGAUACUACUCUUUGAAGAGGGAUUGCGUGGAUAAUUUGGAAGCUCAAGAACAUCCGAACAUCUUAAGUCUCGAUCGGAAGUUUAGAGUUGUUUCCGACAACGACGCCGUUUACUAUGGGGUUCUUGACCCUCUGGCUCUCCGUUCUUUAAGAUCGGAGCUUACCUUUUUCCCCGACGGCUUGCAGGAAACCGACGUCGUCGCCAUUAUGAAGGAGGUCGCUAAAGGUUUGGUGCACCUUCAUCAGCGCCGGACCGCGAUGUAUGAGAAUCCGUCCCCUCCGCCAGAGCCCGUCGAAGGUGAGUCUCCUCCUGGUCCAAAGGUCCCUAUUCCGUUGCACAAUGAACUCUCAGCGGCUUGCGUUUUCAUAUCUGAUGAACCGGUCCGAGUUAAACUUGGGUACUUGGCUACCGUAAUUACUUCAGCUGACGAAGCCAGUGGGUCAGAGAUUUUACCCGCUAGCGUUUACCAUGCUCCCGAGAUUUUUCGUGGCCUAGGUGGUUAUCAAUACUCUGAGAAAUCCGAUGUUUUCUCUCUCGGAGUGCUCGGGUUGGAGAUGGCGUAUGGGCGCAUACCCAUAGCGUCCCGUGAAGAAUUUCAGCGACUGGUCAGAAAAAUCGUCAAAAACAAGAUGCUUCCUAAUACUUUCAACCCCAAAAAGAAAACCACAGUGCAGAAGGCAGUGAAGGCUGUACAAAACUUGAUCAAAGAGAAGAACGUCCGUUUUUCCGGCAGGUUUGGAAAAAUGAUGAAGAAGUGUCUAGCUGAAAGUCCCCACGAGCGCCCGACGGCUGCCGAGCUGCUGCAGUACGCUGAAGUUAAAUUCCCCAAUACGUCAGUUGCUAACCUCAGGAUGGAUGCUUUGCUGGAUGAAUCUGAUAUUGCACUGUUGAUUUUAGCUUUUGUUUACGAAAUUAUGCGCUUUUCUGGAAGAGUUCGAGUUGCUGUGAGGUUGCGACCUCGGAAUGCUGAGGAGAUGGUAGCAUAUGCAGAUUUUGCUGAUUGUGUGGAGUUACAGCCAGAGCUGAAAAGGUUGAAACUCCGUAAAAACAAUUGGGACUCAGAUAAUUAUGAGUUUGAUGAGAGUGUUCUAGAUGGUUAUAAUGGGACACUGAUGGCCUUUGGUCAAACUGGUACUGGAAAGACUUAUACUCUAGGAAAACUCGGUGAUGAAGACACCUCUGCUAGGAGGGUGACAUUUAAAAUCCACAUGAUAUGA